AUGGAGGCGACGGGGGACGCUGUGGAGUUGGCGCUGCAGCGGUACCGCAGCAGUGUGCGCGGGAAGCUGCUCGGUGAGGCUCUAGUGGAAUCCUCGUCCCUUGUCGCUGCAGCACUGGCGGAGAUGUCGCAGUCGCACGCCCGUACGGUGUCGGAGAUGAACGCGCAGGUUGCAGGGCUGCAGGAGCAGCUCUUCGAGGCGGUUGCCGUCAUUGAAUCACUGGGAGGGCAAACCGCCGAUGACACGCACGCGUUCUCGCCUCCGUCCGUGGCACAGCGUUCUUUUGCGCUAGAGGUCGACACAAGUUCGCACGAGAAGGGUGAUGACAGCACGCGGAGACCCACAGAAACGGAGGAGACUCGGCUAACGGAUGAACAAGAGCAACAGCAGCGCCUGUCGUCUCUGGGGGGUGCGACAUCUGAGGCGUUUCGUACAGCACAAAGUGGCAGUCGGUGCACAGGUGGGACCGCCCUUCCAGAAAGCGACCCGGCUCACUCCCCACUCAGCGCGGAGCUUCUUCAGACCCGUGGCACAUUGAAGUUGCAGCAGCAGCAACAAGCAUCUAUGGGGGCGCAGCUGAAGGAGUUGACCGCGCUGUUGUCAAGGGUGGUGAAGGAGAAUGCCACGUAUCGUCAAGAAGUUCAGCUCCUGCGUGCGACAACGGUCUCCGUCGAGGAGCACCGACGACUUUUGCAGGAGCGUGAUGCGCUGGAGCAGGAGUGUCAAACCAUGAAAGUGGAAUUGCAGCGUUUAAAGGCAGAAAUGGAGACGGCGUUGGGUGCUGGGUCUUUGCUGCCGCAGCAGCAGCAGGGGACGAGCUUGCUGGACUUGGGUCAUAUACAUGAAGGCGUUCAUGCCCUGCUGCAAAACCCCUCCGUGUCGGCGGUGUCAGCAGAAGUAGCAGCCGAGGACGUUACACACAGCUCGAGCUGGAGGCAACAAACCUUUCACUCGGCGCAUAGCCAGUCGGCGGAGGUUAUGCAUCCUGCUCCCACUUGGAACGGGGAGGAGUUGCAGCACGAAGGCCUUUGGAAGACAGCCAUUCGAGAGCUGGAGCAGCAGGCCGUUAUUGCGGCAUCGCAAUUUUCUGCUGCGGAACGACUGCGUGAGGCAGAGAGCCGCAUCGAGGAACUAGAGAGCCUCGAGGCGGAACUACGCACCGCGCUGGAAAUGCUGGAGGCUGAGGACAAGUGCGUUCGCGAGGACUGUGAGCAGCUGGUGUUCCGCAACGCGGUCCUGACACAGCAGGUGGCUUCCCUGCUUGUACGUGUAGAACGGCAGCGCCGCGUGCUGGAGCGGCAGGAGCUACAGAAACCGUUGCUGGAGGAGGGGGAGUCGGUGUCUGAUUCCGAGGUACUCCUCGCGGACGAGGAGCCGUUGCGUCCCAACAGUCGCCGUACGCAGCGAGGCCGCGUGGCGUCGGCGGUUCAGUCCCUCCUUGAGCGUCGCGGUGCCGUGUCGGCGCAUGCGGCACCGUCAGUAGGAGUGGCAGCCGAGGCAGUGGGCGCUCAAGAGGGUAUUAGCAGUUUCUUGGAUGUCACGCUGCAGCCGGCCGAGCCUCUGGAGGUUGAGGGGGGUGUGCGGACAGGCAUGAGUGUGUUCGCCAGGAGCUCGCAUCGCUCGCGCCGCUUGCUGGCGCUGCGCAACUUGGGCUCCCCGUCUGUGGAGGCGGACGUCACGCGUACUCCGCAGCUCCCGCUCACUGAUUGCCUCACCGGCGUCGCGCUGGGACGUCCGUCGCACUACGCGGUCAUCGCCCCCGAGCCGCUUGCAGCGGCAAAUCGCAGCGGUGGAGGUGGCAGUCACCGCCCGAGUCACAGCAGCGCACACAGUGGGAACUCCGCAGACUCGGCGACAAGGACCUUGUGUGUCAGCGAGGGCACAGAAGAGGAUGGGCAGUUUCUGGAGCUCCUGCGUGAGGACGAGAACCUUGACCGCUACUCCGUCAACUCUGUGGCGCAGCUGCUGCAGCGCAAUCAGGAGCUACUGCAGCAGCUGUACGCAGCAACGCAGCGCGCUGAGGACUUGGAGCGGCGACUGUGCAAACAUGACGACGAAGAAAAUGCCGCGGAAGACGGGGGAAGCCAUGCCACCUCCGACGUGGAGGCCGCGCAGCCGCACCGCCGCGUAAAUCGCAAGCGUAGGCGGGAAGAGACACCGUCCGAGGAGUUGCCGUCACAUCAGCAACAACAACAGCGCAAGGAGGAAGGUGGCGGAUGGGACUCAUUGCAGAGGCGUGCGUUCCGUCAUCACUGCGAAGAGGAAGAAAACAAAGAGGUGCGGGAGGAAGAGGAAGAGGGGGACGACGCAGGGCGGUUUCUCCUGGCGUCGGAUGAUCGCUACCUGCGGCUGAAGGCCCAUAUGGAGGAGCACAUGAGUGCCGUGCUACAGAAGCAUAAGGCCCAGCUGACGUUAACAGACAAUGGCCUGGCUGCCGCGCUCCUUCGCAUACUGGGGCUUGAGCGCAGAUCGGGUGAGGGCGGCAGCGGGAGUAGUGGUCACUGCCGUCACAGCGGCAGCCCAGAGGCGGCGUCAGCGGUGGCAUCCGCAACAGGUACGGUUAACGAUGCCGUUGUCACCUCGCUUGUUCGCCUCUGCACAGAGCUGGGGGUACGUGCGGCCAACCAGACCGUCGAUCUCGUCUCCGCCCAGCAGUCAGAGCACGCGGAGAUGAUGCAGAAGUGCUGGGAAGAGGCGCAGCGUGUCCUUUUACGCUCUGCAGUGGACCUCCAGGCAGCCAUUGCUGGCUUGCCGCACGCUGCACCGUCCGCUGGUGCCCAGAAGUCUGAGGACGCCGCAGCGGCGGGGGUGGGAAGUCGCAGUGAACACGACCAGGCGCAUUUGCUGCAAAAUAUCACAAGUCUGCUGCGCACGGCGUCCCUGAAGGAGCACACCAUUCAGCGGGUCUUGCAAUUGGCUGCCAGGCGACGGCGGAUGGUGCAGCGCGUCUGUGCGGAACCCCUCCAAGAGGCUGGUGACGGUGAUGAACAUGAUGGCGAUGAUGAUGAUGAUGAUGACAUCACCGAUGGGCGACAGGCACUGCGGCAGCUUCAGGUGAAGCUCGAGGGAGCGCAGACGCAGUACGAAAAGCUUCUCACGGCCCAUCACGAGGAGCGGAAGCAGCACACCACUCUUCUGGAUCGCAUGUGGCGCAUGGAGGAGGAGAAGGCUGAUGCCGUACGCUCCCGUGACGAGGCGUUGGAGCGCAUGGCAACUAUGAUGACGCGCGAAGAAUACGAGGCUACUGUUGAUGCACUUGAUGCCGCCAAGGCGACCACGGAGGAUCUGGAGGCACAGCUGCGGUACGCGCAGGAAACCAACAACCAGCAACUGCAGGAACUAAAUCACUGGCGGCAGGUGGGUGUGGAACACGAGCGACAGCGCGAGGCGGACGCCGCAAUUGUGGCGAGGCAGUUGUCCGAUAAGGACCGCCUUAUUGCCCAACUGGUGCAGCAGAAUCACCAGAUUGAGGCACGCAAUGCGGAGCAGCAGGCGAGCAUUCGUCAGAUGGAGGCGUACGCAACACAACAGCGGGAUAAACUGACGGCCCAGUACGAAGAUGAACGGGCGCUUCGAGAGCAGUUGCGCCGCGUAGAGCGUGCGCUGCUGGAGCAGCAAUGCACGCAGGAUCUGUUGUUUGCCAUCUUCCCCGGUGAUCGUGCGUUGGCGGAGAACCGCAACUUGAUUCAGGCAAUGCAUGCUGAGAAGGAGCGACUCGCAGAGACGGUGGCGUCGUUGCAGCUUAGCCUUGACAAGGCGCAUCGUGACUUGGACUCGGCGCAGCUGCGCAUACACGCGGCGGAGCAGGCGCGUCAGGAUGCGGAGUUGCAUCUACAUGAGGCGUCUCUGUGUCGGCCCAACAUCGCACCUGCCACGGUGGCCCGAGCAGAAACAGACGUGGAGACUGUGGAGUUGGAGCUGCUGCAGCGCAUAAACGCCACGCUGCUGGCGGAGAAGCGGGACUGGAUGGAACGGGAGGCGCUCCUGCGUGAACAGCUUGCGGUUCUUGGACGAGAUCCGGUCAGCGAAAACGCGCGACGUUACGGGCUGAAGGCGACCCGGAGCUUCGAAGAACAACUGGUGGAGUUACAAGAACGGUGCCUGGCGCUGCAGGCACGGGUAGAGGAGGCCAAGGGGGUGCAGGAAACCGUAACACGGCUGACCAGCGACGUGGAGUCCUUGACGACGCAGUUGGACGCCACCAAAAGCGCCCUGACGACUCAGCAGGCGUCCAACGAAGCGCUGCAGAAGGAACUGGACACGAUGGUUUUGGCCAUGCAGCAGAAGGAGGAGUCGCACGAUGCGGUGAGGCUGACACUAACGGAGAAAGAGGAGCUCAUCAGCAGCAUCACCGGGGCGGUCAGCAUGCUUGAAAAGGAGGUGGAGAAAAUGGAUGAGCGUCUGCGCGCUGGCGACGAGGAGAGACAGCGACUCUACCAGGACAAUGUUAAGCUCAUUGAAAACGUCGCGGCGCUGAUGGAAGAUGUGAAGAAGAAAGAGGCGGAGCGGAAGGCGGCGCAGGCGGCCUUGGCGCAAGGGCUUGCCUCCGCCUCGGCGGCCGCGGCGUCGCAUCGCUGGCGGGGUCGCAGCGCUGGGGGUGGCAGCAGCACGGGGCCGAUGUCCAUCACCGGCUCACUCGGGAGAACACCCACUUAG